GCAACAGCAGAGGGCGGUGCCGCCGAAAACCCUGCCGUCCAUCUUAAAUGGUCGCUUUGUCUCUUGCUGUUGCCAUCUAUCAUUCCCACCUCUCUCUCUCUCUCUCUCUUUCUUCUUUGGGUAGCACGCCGAAGACUAGUCGGGUGGUGGGUACGUGCGAUCGAUGGAGAUGUCAAUAGCGGCGCUUCACUUGCUCCUGCGGAGCGCCCCCGCCGCCGCCGUCGUCGUCGCUGGAAUCCUCCUCGUCGCCCGCAGACGGCGGUCCAAUAGUCCUCCGGCUGUUCCUGGGUGGCCCUUGAUUGGGAAUUUGCUGCAGCUGAAGGAGAAGAAGCCUCACCUGACGUUCGCGAAAUGGGCGGCGACGUACGGGCCGAUUUAUACCAUCAGAACCGGCACUUCCACUGUGGUGGUUCUGAAUUCCACUGAACUUGCCAAAGAGGCAAUGGUGACCAAAUUCUCAUCCAUUUCAACUCGAAAGCUCUCAAAGGCAUUGAUGUUGCUCACUUCCAAUAAAUCAAUGGUUGCUAUGAGUGACUAUGGGGAUUUCCACCGGAUGGUGAAGCGCUAUGUGUUGACAAGUCUCUUAGGAGCUAAUGCUCAGAAGCACAAUCGCGGUUACAGGGACACAAUGAUUUGUAACGUCUUAAAUAUUCUGCAUUCAGAAAUUAAAAGUGAUCCUUCUCGAGCAAUAGAAUUCAGAACACCAUUUCAGGCUGAGAUUUUCCGAUUAUCCUUGAAACAAGCCUUGGGCCAGGAUGUGGAAUCCAUUUUUGUAGAGGAACUUGGGAAGGAGAUGACAAAGAAGGAAAUCUUCAAUACACUAGUUGUAGAUCCAAUGAUGGGUGCUAUUGAGGUAGAUUGGAGGGAUUUCUUCCCAUACCUCAGCUGGAUCCCAAAUAGAAGCUUCGAGACGAAGAUCCAAGGAAUGGUGACUCGUAAGAUGGCGGUGACGAGGGCCCUGAUUAUGGAGCAAAAGAAACGUAGAGAACGAGGAGAGGAGAUAAACUGUUAUUUGGACUUUCUGCUGUCUGAGAACACGCUAACGGAGGAGCAGUUGACAACAUUAGUCUGGGAAGCAAUAAUUCUCUCUCUCUCUCUCUCUCUCUCUCUCUCUCUCUCUUGCAUUUAUUAGCAUCAAAUUGAAAGUCCAUUGGCUCUUCAGGAUCGACUUUAUCAUGAAAUUCUACAAGUAUGUGGGUCUGAAAAAGUCACAGAGGAGCAUUUGCCACAGAUGCCGUAUUUGAAUGCUGUGUUCCAUGAGGCUCUCAGACGACAUUCUCCAGUCCCUAUUAUACCCCUCCGGUAUGCCACUGAAGAUACCCAGCUUGGAGGCUUCAACAUUCAGGCAGGCUCUGAGAUAGCGAUCAAUCUUUAUGCCUGCAACAUGGACAAAAUGCAAUGGGAGGAACCCGAAGAAUGGAAGCCUGAGAGAUUCCUACGCGACAAGUUCGAGCAGACGGACAUGCACAAGACCAUGGCUUUCGGCGCAGGAAAGCGGGCAUGCGCAGGAACACUGCAAGCGAUGCUGAUUUCUUGCGUGGCCAUUGCGAGGUUCGUGCAAGAGUUCCAGUGGAGACUGAAGAAAGGAGAAGAAGCGAAUGUUGCCACCGUUCAGCUCACAACUCACAAGCUCCAGCCUAUGCAAGCACACAUAACACCAAGAGAAGCAGAUUCUGCAAGGCCUCAAUCAUCCUAGACUCAGAUGAAGUUGCACGGACUGAGAAGCAAGUUCAUCAGCAUACUAGUCGAUGUGUUAUAUGUUCUCUAAGAUGUGUGUUUGGCAUCAACUUUGAGCUUCCGACAACACUGCAUCAAUAAAUUAAACUCUCGGUGCCGUGCUGUAAGCCUCCACUGACACUCUUAGCAUUAGAUGCCUCGUUCUUGUUGAGCUCCUCGUCCUAAAUUGAGUUAGCUUACCUGUGCUUGAA